AUGGCCGACCUUGGGAUGGAAGCGGUGGUGAUGUGCGACCUCUGGAACAGGGCCAAGGGUGAGGAGAUGACAGUUGAUGGCGUCGUCUACCAGAGAGGCCUUCACGACACGGGCAAAUUACAAACCUACCUUCAUGGAUAUGAGAGACUGCUGAAGGAUCUGUCGGAACGCUAUGGUGUGCGGUACAAGGUCCGCCUCGAGGAAGAGUUUCUCAGCAUGGACGGCAUCCCACAGGUCUUGCAAAAGGUCAUUCGGGAUCGCGAGAGUCUGGCAAAGCACCUUGCGCCAUCGACUGGCUCUCUCGCCAUCCGCGCUGGCUGCCCUCACUGUGAGCUCGUCGACAAGUACGGGGUGAACAACAGAUACUCGGCCGACGGACUAGAAGUCUCGUUCCACUGUCGGGUCCACGGUCGAUUCUCAUACAGCACCCAAAAAGAUCCGCAGAGGUUUCUCUUCAACUGUCAGCUUUUCAAUCUUAUCUUGGGAUAUUUCUACGAGAAUGCUCCGUACAACUGGAUUGAGAUUUGUGGGAGUGACUACGCAGGAUUCUGGCAGGAGCAGCUUCUCUGGCGGUUUCUCUCCAAGCCCGCCAUCAUCGUCUACACCCACCUGGUCUCGGAUUGGUUGGGAAACAAGGUUUUUAAAUCGCUGUAUCAGCAGAAAACUGCAUACGACUACUUGGUGAAAGCAGACCAGGAGUAUUUGCUCAGUUACGAGGUGCUUGGGCGCGAGGGGAAAGAUAUCAGUCUGCUUUGGCGGGAGAUCGAGCUGUGGGUGGAUCAACCUUAUCGGCUUUUCCGCGACUACACCCUUCAUUACCUUCACCUCUUGUUUCAACAGGAGAAGGUACUUCUCGGGACAAUUCACACCCAGGCGUCUGAGCCCGAGACAGAGUGA